CGCCGUUACGCACUCACGCACAGCUCCCGAGCCCAGAUCCAACCAGAGACCACACCCUGCUUCAGGUCUCAAGCCCUCCCACACGCGCUCGCGACAGCCGGGGUCAGAGAGCGCGAGCCUAUUGGACUUUUUUGGGGGUCUGUUUUGGAGGAGUGGGCUUCGAGUAAAGAUUCCUGCUGUGUAGCUUUUGGAGGCAGUUUUCUUUCUCUAACACGUCUCUUUCCUUCUUUUCUGGAAACUUUACCCAAAUUUGCUUCCUCUACGUCCCAAACUCGAUUUUGAUCCAGUCUUCACCCUCAUCCUGCAGCCCAGCCUGUGUGCCCUAAAGCACAAGCAUUCAGAAGUUGUCCUACCCGAAGCAUCGACAUACAUCGUACAGUUUCCAGCCAGUGAAGAACCAACCAGCUCCUGAAACAACCCACAGGCCUUCCAGCUGGAAACCAAAGAGAGACGGACACUACAGUGCACUAGAGAGUCAGGCUAACAGGGGAGUCAUGUUGAUCAUCUUAGCCUUCAUCAUCCUCUUCCACCUGACUUCAGCCAUCUUGCUGUUUGUUGCUACAAUUCACAAUGCAUGGUGGGUGGUGUCACCUCCCGGUCGUGAAGUAAUCUAUUCCGACUUGUGGUACACCUGUAACAGCACCUGCUACAUUGUGGAGAACAGUCACUCUACCGAAGCUGUUUAUCUACAGGCAGUUCAGGCUACGAUCAUCCUGGCAACCAUUUUGUGCUGCGUCAGCUUCUUUGUCUUCAUGCUUCAGCUGUUCAGCAUCCAACAGGGAGAGAGAUUCAUUUUCACAGCUGCUAUCCAGUUGCUUGCCUCUCUAUGUGUGAUGAUCUCUGCGUCCAUCUACACAGCCGAGAGCAAGAACUUCCAUGCAGACAGUCUCAAAGAUGGCUCCUACGGUUCCUCUUACAUCGUGGCAUGGGUUAGCUUUCCCAUGACUCUCAUCAGCGGCUUCAUGUACCUGGUGCUCAGGAAACGUAAAUAGGUGUGACAGGGCAAGCAACAACAUAGAUAGGAUUUUUGGAUGUUCAUGCAUAACAACAAAGGGGCAUUUUCACAUUUUCUCUCCAUCAGGUUUUUAGUAUUUACAUCUGGAACUUAAAUCUCUUUUGCUAACACAUUGUCUUCUUAAUUUUUAAUAUUUUUGCCAACCAAUUCCAUCAAUUUUCACAAGAAAAGUGUAAAAAUUCCUUUGACUGUGACGAAAGGGUUUACCAAAGGGCCCGUAUUUUCAGUAAACUGCAACAUUUUUGUGUACAUAUUUGAAGUGUAUGUUUAAUUCAGGUUAUGUUUUAGCAGUAGAAAUAAAUAAGAUAUAUUACUCAAAGCAUAAAAGAAGUGUAGUGAAGUCAUAGCGAAAGUGUCACAUUGUAGGAUUUUGACGCUUGUAUUCUUUUUAUGCUAAUUUGUGAUUUCUUAAAGAAAGAGGAAGCAGUGAUGUAGUGUGUUAUUUGGGAUUAAAAUUGAACAAAACAGACAAACUUGAAAUAUGAAUGAAGAUUUUCUUUGUUACUGACUUUUGUCAUAGCUUCUCUGAGAAGCUAUUUAUUGUUUUAAACCACUGCUUAUCUUGUAUUUUUAAAAUACUGAAGAUUGAAGAAACGUUUGUCGGUUCUUAUCCUCUGGUCAAGCUAUUUCCCUUUCAGAACAAUAUAUUUCAUUUAUGCAUAUUAACCGAUAUGUGUAUCAAUCUUGGGCUUGAUGUUUAUGUUUGAACAUUUAAAGAAAGCAAUAUGAAAUUAAUUGUGCUAAUUUGUAAUAGAGUUUAGACCACAUAAUCUAGGAAAGACUAAAAUAAAGAAGCCUGGGAGAAUGGACAUGAAAAUGAUUAUGCUCUGCUGUCUCUAGCUGAUACUUGAAAAUGGAUGGAACAUUAUGUUGUAGAGCAAGAAUGUGAAUUCAUUUUGUUUCAUUUCUACAGGUUUGUUAAAAUUACAGCAAAUCUCAACACUGAACAAAAUUUGUUGUUUGUUUCAUAAACCUUAAUCAGAUGUCUUACUGGAACCAAAUUUGACCUGGCUUUGUCAUGAAUUGUCUCUUAUUAGAACCACCAUAAAAAUACACAAUUUCUUUCACCAGAAAAAGCUUUUUUUGAAGUACUAACUUACGUUGCUUGAGCAUUUCAUAUUGUUAUAUUUAACUUUUUAAGAGCUUAUGUUAAACACAAUUGUCAGUGUAUAGAGUUUUCUUUUUUCUGUUUCCUGUGGAUGUGUAGUGCUGCAGAGCACUGUUUGCUGUUUUUAUUCUGGCUUGUUUUUCAUGUGGUUGUUUUUGACCUCAGUUGCAACAUCUCCAUCAUCUAUUGGACAUCAUGUUGUGUUUUUAUGUAUCACAUAAAACUGUACUGACACCCAGUGGACAGUUUGGGAACUGCAACAUUGUUUUUAAGGAUACAGAUAUUUGUCCUUUCAUCUUUUGAAUAUAAAUUUUAAUAAAUGUUAAUAUUAAUUAAUCU